UCGGAGUUGGGAGCAGAAGCUCAUUUCCUGAUCAGAGAGGGCCCUGAGAGGCUGCGCUGCUCCUUCUCCCGCAUUCACUGGGGAGUCUUGCUCUGCAAGUGCAGUUGCAGGCGGUUCGGGAGCGCAGCCCCAGACCUGCCGCCCGCCGCUUCUGUGCCUCUGCCUCUGCCACCGUGGGUCCCCAGUUCCAGCGACUUCUCCUGUCCCACCCUCAGCUCUGCUCCCCGUGUGUCCUGAAGAAAGGGGACCUGCUCCCGAGAUUUUCCACGGUGAUGAUAGCAUUUGAAGACCUGGCUGUGUACUUUACGUGGGAGGAAUGGCAGAAAAUGAACAACACUCAGAAAACCCUGUACAGAGAUGUGAUGCUGGAGACCUACAGCAGCCUCUUCUCCUUGGGGCACUGCACUACCAAACCUGACUUGAUCUUCAAGUUGGAGCAAGGAGAAGAGCCAUGGAUGGUGGAUGAAUGCUUGAAUCAGAGCCUUUCAGUGGUCAUGAAAAGGGAUGACCUGAUUAGGAUCAACCAGAAAAGUCAGGACAAAAAUCUGAAUCAGGAUUUUAUGAAAAAUAACAAGACAUCAGCUCACAAGAGAGUUGAAUUAAGAAAAACCCUUAGUUUAAAUUCAAGCCAUGUUCCAACACUGAUUAUUAAAAAGGGAACCUACUCACGAUUGAAUCCUGAGGAAUGCAAUAAAUGUCACACUGUGUAUCCCCCCAGUGGGCCUGAUCAACUACAGGCCGAAGAGAAAUUUGAUAAUACUAAGAUACCUGGAAAGUCUCUCCAGUUCUGUGAACCUCUUGGUCAGCAUGACAAUAUUCACAUCAUGAAGCAGCCAUUUGGACCCACUGGACAAGCAAAAGUCUUCACAAGAAAGAUGUUCUGUAAAUCUGAGAGGGUUCACAUGGCAGAAAACUGUAAUAAAUCAACUGUCACUUUUGGAAAAGCAACUCAAAUAGAAAAAGCUAUCUAUGAAAAUUCUAGCCUCAAUAUGCAUCAACAAACUCACACAAGAAAGAAAUUUUAUAAGUACAUUAGGUAUGUUGAACCUGUCAUUCACCAGUCACAUCUUGCAAUAAAUCAGAGACUAAAUACUAGGGAAAAACUUUACACAUGGAACUCUUGUGGAAAAUCAGUCAGUAUUAAUUCACCUUAUGAAUGUAAUGACUGUGGAAAAGCCUUUGGACAAAAGUCAGUCCUCAGGAAACAUCAGCAAAUUCACACAGGGGAGAAAGCUCAUGAAUGUAGUGACUGUGGAAAAGCCUUUACAGAAAAGUCAUACCUUAUAAACCAUCAGCAAAUUCACACAGGGGAGAAACCUCAUAAAUGCCUUCAUUGUGGAAGAGGCUUUCAGUGGAAGUCACACCUCAUAUUACACCAGAGAAUUCACACAGUGGAGAAACCCUAUGAAUGUAAUGACUGUGGAAAAGCAUUUGGACAAAAGUCACACCUCGUACUGCACCAGAGAAAUCACACAGGGGAGAAAACUCAUGAAUGUAAUUACUGUGGAAAAGGCUUUGGACACAAGUCAGCCCUCCUCAUACAUCAGCAAAUUCACACAGGGGAGAAACUUCAUAAAUGUAAUGACUGUGGAAAAGCCUUUCGACAAAAGUCACACCUCGUACUGCACCAGAGAAUUCACACAGGGGAGAAACCUCAUAAAUGUAAUGACUGUGGAAAAACCUUUGGACGAAAGUCAGGCCUCAUUGUACACCAGAGAAUUCACACAGGGGAGAAACCUCAUGAAUGUAAUGACUGUGGAAAAACCUUUGGACAAAAGUCAGGCCUCAUCGUACACCAGCGAAUUCACACAGGGGAGAAACCUCAUGAAUGUAAUGACUGUGGAAAAGCCUUUGGACGAAAAUCACACCUCAUCGUACACCAGCAAAUUCACACAGGGGAGAAACCUCAUAAAUGUAAUGACUGUGGAAAAGCCUUUGGAGGAAAGUCAUACCUCAUCAAACACCAGAGAAUUCACACAGGGCAGAAACCUUAUGAAUGUAAUGACUGUGGAAAAGCCUUUGGAAGAAAGCCAUACCUCAUAUUACACCAGCAAAUUCACACAGGGGAGAAACCUCAUAAAUGUAAUGACUGUGGAAAAGCAUUUGGACGAAAGUCAUACCUCGUACUGCACCAGAGAAUUCACACAGGGGAGAAACCUCAUGAAUGUAAUUACUGUGGAAAAGGCUUUGGACACAAGUCAGCACUCCUCAUACAUCAGCGAAUUCACACAGGGGAGAAACCUCAUGAAUGUAAUGACUGUGGAAAAACCUUUGGACAAAAGUCAGGCCUCAUCGUACACCAGCGAAUUCACACAGGAGAGAAACCUCAUGAAUGUAAUGACUGUGGAAAAGCCUUUACACAAAAGUCACACCUCAUGGUGCACCAGAGAAUUCACACAGUGAAGAAACCUCAUGAAUGUAAUGACUGUGGAAAAGCCUUUGGACGAAUGUCAGACCUCAUCAUACAUCAGCGAAUUCACACAGGGCAGAAACCUCAUGAAUGUAAUGACUGUGGAAAAGCCUUUGGAUGAAAGUCAGACAUCAUGAUACACCAGCAAAUUCCCACAGGGCAGAAACCUCAUGAAUGUAAUGACUGUGGAAAAGCCUUUGUAUGAAAGUCACACCUCAUAUCACACUGGAGAAUUCACACAGGGGAGAAUCCCCAUGGAUGUAAUGACCAAGGGAAAGCCUCUGGAUAAAAGUCAAUCCUUUGGAAACAUCAGAGAAUUCACACAGGGAGGAAACCUCAUGGAUAUAAUGACUUUGGCAAAGCCUUUGGACCAAAGACAAAACUCAUAUCACAGUAGAAGACAGCCCAUGUGCUUGGGCCUCUGCACCCACAUGGGAGACCAGGAAGAAGCACCUGACUCCUGGCUUCAGAUCAGUGCAGCUAUGGCCAUUGUGGCCAUUUGAGGAGUGAACCAACAGAAAGAAUGCCUUUCUCUCUGUCUUUCUCACUGUGUAACUCUACCUGUCAAAUAAAAAUCUUAAAAAACAAGAAAUUAAACAUCAACUAACACCAGAGCAUUCAUAUAGCAAAAUGUCAAUUUAAUGAAUGUGAAAAAAUUCUUCUGCCAUUAAUCAAUUCACAUGAAGAGACUCAGAAAUGAGAAAACAUACAUGCAUAGAAAAGUCAUGUACCAUACGUCACCUCUCAAUGGUUACCUGACAACUCACAGAAAGAGAAAAUCCUAUGACUGGAUUAUAAUGGGAAAUACCUUUAUUAUUAGGCAAACUUCCACAAAACAUGUGAAGAUUACAGAGAGAAGUCCCUGAAAUAUAAUUUGUUUGGAAGAAUUCUUUGGUGGAAUCACACCUUAGUGAGUAUUGGGAAGUUUCCAUGAUGAAUUAUGACAGAGUGGUUAACCGUUCUUCAGAAAUUUUUCUCUUAUACAACCUGAACUUUUGGUUUCUCAUUAUUGUGAGUGGGAUCAAGUAUAUGAACUGAACUGUGCUCUCUUGUGUAAAUUUUGUUAAUAAAUAUUUAAAAGUUGAGUAACAGUUAUUUCAACAGUUAUUUGGAUUACCAUCUUCAUCAAUUACAAAGUUAUUUGUUUUAUAGCUGCUUUGUUGGCCACCCAGGAUUCUUUCCCCACAUUAUUGCAGUGCAAACCCGUGAUGUGACCAUAGGCAUAUCAAGUGACACAUGUUCCAGCCAUAAUAGUGUACCCCAGCCCUGGAUCAUAAGUGUUCUGUGCAACACAAGGGAAUGAGUUUGUGGUGACCUAUAUACCCAUGAGAAAUUUCAUCUUAUCUGUGUGCACAUCUGGAUUAGGCUCCACUACCUAAGGUCUAUUUGAAUAUGGAAGUAGAUGUUGUCGCACACAUUACCCUCAUUCUUUAAAGGGACAACUUCAAACCCUAUAAGUUGCAACACUCAUCUGAAUUUUCCUAUAUUACUGAGUGCAUAAUGCCUUUUUCAUUCAUGAUGCCCCUUUUCUACACUUUUUCAUCCUAUUCCUAAUUGCCUUGAGAUAACAACAUGGAAUGAAGUCUAUCCAGGUGGUACCCAUUGCAACAGAGAAGCAGGAGCAUAAAUGUAUACUUUUUUAAAAAAGGAUUAAUUUAUUUGAAAGAGUUACACAGAAAGAGCAGAAGCAGAGAGAGAGAGAAUCUUUCAUCCAAUGGUUCACUCCACAAUUGGCCACAAUGGCCAGACUGUGCUGAUCCAAAGCCAGGAGCUUUCUCCAGAUCUCCCAUGUAGGUGCAGGGGCCCAAGCACUUGGGCCUUCUACUAUUUCUCAGGCCAUAGAAGAGAGCUAGAUUGGAAGUGGAGCAGCUGGGUCUUGAACCAGCACCCAUAUGGGAUGCCAGCACUUCAGGUCAGGGCAUUAACCUGCUGUGACACAGUGCUGGCCCCUGUCAUACACUUUUGUAUUAAUUUAACUUAUAAUUUUUAUAACCUUUUUUUGUUGUAUUAUUCCCUGCUCCUGCAGGUGGCCCUCAUUUUUAUUGAAAAUGUGUGUUUUUAUUCCUUCUAAUUUACAAAGUCCUUUCUGGAUUUAUAUAAAUCUGAUUUACAUUCAGUUAGUUCCUCAGGAUACCCUCAGGUGGAACACUUUUCCUAGGUUGCUUGGCCUUCCCAUGAUAACAGGGCUACAAAUUUUAUGAUGCAUCUAGCUUCGGUAGCUCUUUUAUUUCCCAUCUAUAUAAUAGCUGUGCAACUAAUCCAUUCCACCUCCAUUACUACCCAUGAGAAAUAGCUCUUCAUCCCUGUUUAAGUCCCCAAAGCUUCUUAGAAGUGUUCAUCAAAUUCAAUCUUAUUAUAAACAUAUUUAAUAGAAAGUGAAUGAUGUAGCUGCUGGUAGUUUCAGUGAGGUUGAAUGGUUUGCUAGACUGCUGUUUUGUCUGGGUUAUGUUUCAUAUUACUUAGAACUAAUUUUUUACAAUAUUGCUUACCUGAGCACUUUUUCCUAGGCUCCCAGCGAAACAGGUGUUUGAAGAUUUACUGUUAAUUGUCACUAAAGACAGAGGUCCCACAUGGAGAGCACAGAUCCUUAUGAGGUCCUUGGGACAUAGGGAAUAUUUUACCCACUUGAUUUAGUAGUCAGGCACUGGUCUCCAUUGAAGAGAAGAACUCAGCUGAAGAGAAUAUAUAACUCCCUUCUGAUUAAAAAAAGAUAGAUUUACCAUGCCAAACCUGGGUGUGUCACCCUAGGCAUACCCUUGAAAACUGAACAGAGCUCUGGCCACACCCACUGCAAGCUUCUAGAGAUUGACUGAAAGCAGAAAGUCCAUUUACCUACAGUCAUAAUACAAUGAUAAAAACUGCCAGGAAAAAAAAAAGACGAGUAUCUUCACAAAUGCAAGAAUCCAAGAAGCAAGAAUAAGGAAAACAUCAUCAUGCUCCCAAAAGAACAUGACACUUCAAUACUAGAUCAUGAAGAUGAUGAGAUAGAAGAAAUGCAAAAAAUAGAACUCAAAAAUUUGGUCAUAAGAUUACAUAGAAGUAAUCAAAAGCAAAUGCACAAACUACUGAAAUCCAUGAAGGACAUGAAAGAAAAUCUCCCAUGAAAUAAAAAUUAUCAGGAGGAAUCGAGAUGAAAUGAAGAAUUCAACAGAACAUGAAAUUGAGAUAUUAAAAAAGAAAUCAAAAUGAAUGAAGUAUUCAAUAGAACAAAUAAAAAAGGCAGUGGAGAGCCUUAAGAAUAGAAUCAGGCAGAAGAGAGAAUAUCAGACUAAGUAGACAGAGUACAGGAAAGUAUACAGUAAAACCAAACACAAGAACAGGAGAUUAGAAAUCUAAAAAAGACUGUUCGGAAUCUACAGGAUACUAUAUAAAAAAAUAAAACCAACAUUCUGGUUCUAGGAGUUCCUGCAGGCAUGGAGAGAGAGAAAGGAUUAAAAGGCAUUUUUAGUGAAAUAGUAGCAGAAAACUUUCCGGGUUUGGGAAAAGAGACAUCCAAGUACAGGAAGCACACAGAACUUUGAAUAGACAUGACCAGAAAACAUCCUUGCCAUGACACAUUGUAAUCAAACUGCCACAGUGAAACAAAAAGACAAGAUUCUAAAAUGUGUAAGAAAAAUGCCAGAUUACUUUCAAAGGAUCUCCAAUUAGACUCACAGCAGACUUCUCAUCAGAAACCCUGCAGGCUAAGAGAAAAUGGCAAAAUCUAGCCCAAGUCUUAAGAAUAAAACUGUCAUUCCAGAUUAUUAUAGCCUGCAAAACUCUCAUUUGUGAAUGAAGGUGAAAUAAAGACCUUUCAUAACAAACAAAUUGAAAGAAUUUGCCACCACUUGUCCAGACCAGGAAGAUUUCUUCUUUUUAAUUUUUUUUCCACUGUGGUGAAUUUUAUCUUUGUACUAUGACUCUGUAGAUAAGUGGACUUUCUGCUUUCACUGAAUCUCUGGAGGCUUGUAGUGGGUGUGGCCAGAGAGCUCUGUUCAGUCUCCAGGGUUAAGGGUGUGCCUUAGGUAACACACCUAAGUUUGGCAUGUUAAGUCUUAUCUCUCCUUAAUAAUUCUUUCUUCUCAAUGUAAUAUAUAUAUAUGAAUAUAUGUAACAUAUAUAAUAUACAUAUAUUUUAUGCAUAGAUAAAUUUGCCACUAUGUGUCUAGAUACUAGUCUAUUUCCUGAAAAUUAUGGGGGAAAAUAGUGGGAUCUUAAUGUUAUUUUUAUCCAGUAUUAUGUAUGUUUAUUUAAUUUUAGAGUUUGGUAGACUUGGAGACACAGAGAAACAGAGAUUAUGAGCUACAACUUGGUGGCUUACUCUUCAUUCUUGUAAUUUUCAGAAACUGGAUUAUUACAGAAAUCUGAGCUAUUCUUUUCUGAUGAUAAAUACAUUAUAAAAAUUUCAAAAUGUUGCUCUCUAUAUAUUCAUAUUACAAAUUAUAUAUAUGUACAUUUAUAUUGUAA